GACGUGUUUUUAAUUUGGUCGCGUGUGUUCGUCCCUCACGGGCGCACGCGGCUUAGCACAUCUAUAGAAUCUUACCAUCUAUGGCUUUGACAAUCUGUCAAUUUGACAUAAUGAUUUUGACCAUUUGACUGUCAUGUCUUGGUUCGCUUCGGUUGUUCGGUUCUGGUUAUCUAAUUUGUGACUCGUUUUGUUGCACUUCUGUGUAAUUUAUUUAACAUUCUGAUUCAAAUUAACUUCUUACAUUUCUAGAAACAAUAGAGCCAUAGAAACGUAAUAAUACCGAUUAAUAUUAGAUAUAUAAACAAAAGUUAUAGUAUGAGUAAACCGCACACUUAGCAUCACCAAUCAAAUAAAAUGUAAAUAAGAAAUUAACCUCUUGGAAUAAAUAGGUGUACACCACAGUCGUUUUAAAUAUGGAUGUGGAUUUGUUACGGCCGGGCACAGUGCCUAUUUCCCCUGAUACAAUACUGUGGUUCGAGUUUUUGUUGGACCAAAAACUUCUCAAGGAACAUCUUCAAUACCCUAACCCAGAGCCAUCAGCUACUGAUUUGAUAGUAGAAUUCCUGUCAGUAGACACUAGCAAUGGGGUUUGGAAUGGACGGUCUACUGAGCGCGUGUUGGAGCCAGAUGCGCCUCCCACACCACCCUCCUCGCGCAGCCCCGAACAACCAGAGAUCACAAGGAAGCAACUUGCCCUUAAAAUACUUGCACUUAAAAUCGCAUCCACUCUUAACUGGAAUUUAGAUACAUUUGAGACAAAACUGACACCUGUCAUUCAACAACAACUAGUGCAAGAUUUGGUCUUCAUGGCUACUGAUGGUGCUUUCUCCAUACCACCACAGGACAUUUCUAUGAACAUGAUCAACAAGCCUCAUGUACAGUUUGCAUUGACUUUGUACCACCGCUGGAUCUUGAGGUUUCCAGUAAAAGCUGCUCUCCAAGCAAAGUCUGCAAAGCUUCCAUUCAUACACCACCCUGGUAUACCUCUAGAAAAUGGCUAUACCCAUAUUAAUUCAAACUUUGAUAAAAUUUUGAGAAUGAAUGAAAAUUCACGCAGCCAAAGCAUUAAAUACUUGGAGGAAGUUAUUGCAUAUUAUGAUUCUCAAUGCAGUAAUCAAGAGAGCAAACAAAUCAAAGUUCCAAUUAUGGAGACUUUUGUGCACCUAACUGAAGAUACAGAUGUCAUGGCCCACAAUUGGGAUGCUGGCAAUGUUUAUGUUAGCCAGUAUGAAGUUUUAAUGCAAAUCCACUUUGAUCUCUGCUACAACUACUUUUUCUAUGGCCAACACGAGAAAGCUAAGAAACAUGUAUUGGGUUGUAGAAAAAACCUCAAUCUGCUAGAAAGUGAAGUAAACAAUAAAGGUUAUGGCAAAUAUAAUAAAAUCCCCUGGGGAAACUUAAACUAUGCAAGCAUGUCGGAAGAAGAUAUUUUGGGAUACAUUAGAGCUCUCAAUUUAGGCCCCGAGCUGUUAGAUGAGGAUAGGUCUUUGUUACAAAGGCUACAGGAAUGUGUAGCAAAUGACUACACAGGCAUCAUUGCCGUCCUGCAAGCAGAUAAUUUGUCCAGAGAAAUACCAAUGAUCCACAGACAAGUAGCAGAGUUGGAUAUACAAGCCGCCGCCUCUACCGGCGUUAUAUCAGUGCCCAAAGACCUCGUGAUCCGAGUAUCGGCAUUAAACGCCGUUAGGUAUGCUCUUGAAGGAGGUUUGCCGUCCACCCACCCAGAUUUUCUAAACAAGUUCAAAACCGUCGGUAUCAAAUUUAUCGAUGUACUUUUUUGGGCGUUAGCUCCGGUUUUAAUGUCAACCCAUUUGUCCAACGAUGAGUGGGAAAAAUUGAGAAUGUUUUUUCUACAUUUAGCCACCUCGUCUCAAUGUAGAUUGCCAGUAGACAGAAUAGACGAAUAUUUAAAGAAACACGUUGGUAGUCGUGCGUCGGAAAUCCGAGCAAAGCUAAUAUGCGACGAACAUUUGGAAGCUAUUAUAAAGGAUCAGAUCAACAGCGACGAUGAAAAUAUGCAUAUACCGCGCGAGUUGCUCGUCGACGACUGGGAGGCGACCGAUUUUAAGUACAAGCACGCGCCUGACUUCGAAUACAAAGCUGCGCCUGAGCUAGAGAUGGGGCGGCUGAAGAAGCGGCUCGUGGAAGCGUCCAGCGCCGACGUCGUGCGCAUGUGUCUAGUGAAGUUGGCCAUGAUGUCGCCCUCCUCGCCACUGUGGAAGCUGAGCCCCUACUGGAAACCGAUCGGGAACCUGAGCGUACUGCUGGCGUCGCUGCCACGGGGUUUCCUGCAGGACUUCGGCGUGGUGGUGUCGGGAGCGGCGCGUGCCCGCGCGGAGGCGGGCAGCGCGCGCGCGGCGCUGUUGCUGCUGUCUGUGGUGGAGGGCGAGGCGCGCAGCCAGCUGGCGGGCGGGAACGACCCCACGCUGUACCGGCUGUGCCGCGUGGUGGCCUGGGAAGUGCUGCUGCUGCAGGUCAACCUGAUGCUGGUCGAGUGGCCUCACCACCGGCUCAAUGUCACGCUGAUAGCCAACAAAAGCAAGGCCGCCAUCGCCGCCGCCAACUCCAACGAUGCAAUCGGCCCACGAUCGCAGGUGGUGCUAGCGGCGUGGCUGUUCCUGCUGAACGUGUGCGAGUGGGAGCCGGGCUGCGCGGCGCAGGCGGCGGGCGUGGGCUCCGGCGCCGCCGACGUGGCCGCCGCGCUGUGCGCUGCCUGCGCCGAGCUGCAGCGUGGCAAAGGCGCGCGCAAGUUCCCUCGCCCGCUGUGGGACCACGUACUAAACACAUUCAACAACAACUUAAACGGCCCCUUGAAACGUUCCAUACACAUGAGCAGUCACCACCACCACCACCACGGGCACCCCAACCACGCCAACCACCACGGCCAACUGGAGCACCGCAGCCCCUACCACCUGGUCCUCCACGCCUUGAGGGAGCCUCUAGCCAUCAGCGUGAUGCUCUCGCUCCUCGCUAGAAUAUACAACGUGAUCGUCGACGACUCCUCGCUCGAGCUGGUCGUGGAGUACACGAACCUCUGGCCUAACAACAUUUCAAACGUCAAUAACUACAAUCCAAAGCAUAUUUUGGAGUCGCUAACAGAGUUGCUGGAGAGGAGUUUGAAACUGUACCCAUAUAAUACUUCUUGGCUGCGGUUGUACGGCGAUGCGGAGAUGGCGGCGGGUCGUCACGGCGCCGCGCUCCGGCGGUACCUGUGCGCGCUGGCGGCCGGCUCGUGGCACUUCGCCAAGCGCGCGCCGGACGAGGGCAGCGUGGCUCGGCGCGCGGCGCGCUGCUGCCAGGCGCUUGCCGCGCCGACGCAGGCCGCCGCGCUGUGCCAGCUGCCGGAUGAACCGGACUACACGCCCGCGUUCAAGUGUCUAGCCGAGAAGACGGGCAACGCGGCCGACUCCAUGGACGCGUACUACGGCUGCCUGUGGGACGGCACGCUACUGGAGGUGGCGGUGGCGCUGCACGCGCGGCGCGGCGAGGGCGGGCGCCGCGCGCGCGCCGUCACGGCCGCGGGCGCACUCGAGCUCAACGCCAACAACAGCGACGACAUCCAGCGAGAAGCCGCCGCCAUACGCCGCGCACGGCUGCUCCGCGCGCUCACCAACCAGUACGUCUCCUAGGCCGAGCGCGCCGUACCGCACUUUAGGUAUGCGUACUGCCCUCUAGCUUCGAUUACAAUCCAAUCUUUGAUUCUGAUGGUACAAUAGAGAUGUUAGAAGCCAAAUUUUUGUUAAGUUUUGCUCAAAUAAGAGAGAAGUAUAGCACUUGACCGUCCAUACAAAUAGAGAAAACUUUUUUCCACUUCUAAAUAUUUUCCAUUCUCCAUGAUUUUUAGUAUGUUAUUGGCACAAUAAAAUACUAGGUUUAUAGGUUUUCCUUUUUUUUUAUUUGCAAAACAAAAAACAUUUUUUUUUUUUUCAAAAAACCUUUAAACCUAUAAUAUAUUAUGCUGAAGCGAUCGACACCAAAAUCAAAGUGAUUAGUUAAGAUUAAGUUAGUGGAAAACGUUUUCUCCCCAAAUGGAAUUUCAUAGAAAAAUUACCGUUAUUUCGUUAGAUUUGAAAAGCUAUUCUUCCCUCUUAAAGCAAGAAAUAUUGAAUAAAUAAUGCGCUUAAGGCGUGCUCAACUGCUCAUCAUACGAUUUGUAUCAUAUAAAUAUUACAUGGUUCAUGAGUAUUUGCAUAGUUAUAAUUUAGUGUUUAUUAUAAUUUUGAUAUCGUAGUUUAAUGCUGUGUGUAGCAAUAAAUUAGAUCCCUCUAUCAUAUCCAUCUUAGAAAUAUGUAUCAAGUUUUAUUUAGAACCGAACAAUGAUAUUAUGUAACUAUAGAUAAGGUACACUCAUACAUAAGGAGCACAAAAAAUAUUUCCAUAUUUAUUUCUCUUUUGGUAAGCGGGAGGUAGUUAGCACGUGCACAUCUCUCGGUUGCCCAGAUGCGACUAGAGCUAGAGGCAACUUGUAUGAUUUGUCAAGCGCUUAUAAGCGCUUCAAUUUUGGAAUGCCUAUAACCUAUCUUGAGUUAUAGUAAAUAAUUGGAACCGAAUUACUAACCGUACCGUUCACGUCUGGCGUAGUCAAAAGAAUGAUAAUACACAUAAAGUACAAAUGAUACAACAUACCGUAGACAAUGUCUGACACCUGAUUUAUUUGGCGCCGUAAUACCCCAAAUAUAAUGCAGUAGAUAGACUGUCAUGCAUUAUAGUUUGACAAUCUAGUUGCCACAGAACGUAAGGUGCGGUCCAUAGCAAUCUACAUCAGGUGUCCAACUCACGCCUAAAAUGUUUUAGACCAUUUUAUGCAUCUUAUGUUUCAUUUGUCUAUGCGUCGGAUUUUUGAGUGUAGCAGUAAGAUGCUAUCUUGUAUUUUUAGUUAAUAAAAUCAACUCUAUGUAGUUUAACUAGUUCCCGAAUGUAAUCGGAGGGUAAUCUGUUUACGCUAUUAUGUCGUUCAUUAUCGAAACAGAAAAAAUAAAAUCUUUUUACGAAA